AUAUAUAGGAGUUUUGUGACAAGUAGGAAGGAAAGGUAUUGUAGUGGAGGAAAUGUCUGGUGCACAGGUGCAGAAACGUAGAAAUGAAGAUGAAGAAGGUGUCGGGUACUAUGGUGUAUGGUGUGUGAGGUUGAAGGCAUGAGAAUAUCAGGCUGAAGGAUCCAGGAUAUUAAGGGCAGUGGGAUGCCAUAGAAGGCAUUAAGACAGAGAAUGAAUUGGGUCUGAUCUGCAUUCUAGAACCACAUGGACUGCAGGUGGGCUGAAGUCUGGGUGGCUUGGCCCAGGAGGUGCUGCAGGAGGCGCUGGGACUGAAUGGGCUGGGCUGCGGGGAUAGCAGUUCCGUUUUCUCCUCCAUGUGGCUGCUGACAGCCCAGCUUCCUGCCGGGUUAUUUUCAUCUGCUUCCUGUUUGUCCCUGGCAGACCUGGGGGGGUGGGCACCCCGAGCUGGGGCAUGCAAGUACCUCGUGCACCAUCUUCAGCCCCCACUGACUGCUCCCAGAAACCACAGUGUCGGGGCCCCACCAGGCGCCCUCACGUGCUCCCCCGCAGCCAGCCGUUCCACAGAUGAGGAGACUGAGGUGGGGGCAGAACUGACCUAGGGCACUAAGGGCGCAGGCCCUGCCAGGAGGGUGGGACACCGGGUUAUCUGGUCCAGGGUGGAGGCUCGAGCGGGUUUCCUGGGGAAACUCUAAUCUCCCAUGCUGCCUUCCUCGGACGGGACACAGCCGUGGGGUCCUACUGGAGGUCAGCCGGCCAAGCUUGGGGCGGAGGCGCCCUCUGUGUGUCUGGGGAAGGACCUGGCACGCAAAAGGGCUGCCCUGUCCUGCUGAAGCCUCAGGUGCAGGGUCUACAAAAUGGGGCACAGGUCCCCAGGUGACCAAAGCAUAUUGGGAUUGUUGUGGGGCCUACACCGCAGUUGGGGGCAGACACUGCGACCCAUGUGGCCUUGUCCCUUACCGGGCCUCCUCGCUCCUUGGGCCUCAUUUUCCCCUCGCGUCUUGAACCCGCCCCACUUCAAAGCGUGCAACCUCUGGUCCCAAACUCCUGAGCUGCGAGUCGUGGCACUUGUCGGGAUGCGGGGGCGGGCUUUCCCUUGGUGGGGCGGGGCCUGUGGACCGGCCGGAGCCGGUUUGGCCGCUAGCCAGCCACCAGAGACCCCCCCCACCAGUCAGUCGUCCAGUUCCGCCGUUGCGGUCCCUCCCCGCGCUGCGCCAGCCGCGCCAUGUGUAUCUGCGGGACUGUGCACCCAGCGCUAGACGUCGGCCCCGGACGCUGCUGGGCGACGGGGCCUCGAGACCUCCUUGAUGCCCGCCGGCCACUGGCCCAUGAAUGCCUGGGUGAGGCCCUGCGUGUGAUGCGUCAGAUCAUCUCCAAGUACCCACUGCUGAACACGUUGGAGACACUGACAGCUGCUGGCACCCUUAUUGCCAAGAUCAAAGUCUUCCAUUAUGAGUGUAACAAUGAGUUGGACAAGAGGGAGUUUGAGAAGGCCCUGGAGACCAUGGCUGUGUCCUUCAGCAGCACGGUGUCCGAGUUCCUUAUGGGUGAAGUGGACAGCAGCACCCUCCUGGCCGUGCCCCCUGGGGACCCCAGCCAGUCCAUGGAGAACCUGUAUGGACAGGGGGGUGAGGGCCCCACACCUAGCCCCGAGGACUGUGAUGAGGGCUGCCUGCCCGCGGAGGAGGUAGACAUGCUGCUACAGCGCUGUGAGGGUGGCGUGGAUGCCGCGCUGCAGUACGCCAAGAAUAUGGCCAAGUACAUGAAAGACCUCAUCGGCUACCUAGAGAAGCGGACCACGCUGGAGAUGGAGUUUGCCAAAGGCCUACAGAAGGUCGUGCACAAUUGCAGACAGAGCGUCACUCAUGAGCCCCACAUGCCCCUCUUGUCCAUCUACUCGCUGGCCCUGGAGCAGGACCUGGAAUUCGGCCAUGGAAUGGUGCAGGCAGCCAGCACUCUGCAGACGCAGACCUUCAUGCAGCCCCUGACCCUGCGGCGGCUGGAGCAUGAGAGGCGUAGGAAGGAGAUCAAGGAGUCAUGGCACCGUGCACAGCGGAAGCUGCAAGAGGCAGAAUCUAAUCUGCGCAAAGCCAAGCAGGGCUAUGUUCAGCGCUGUGAGGACCAUGACAAGGCCCGCUUCUUGGUGGCUAAGGCUGAGGAGGAGCAGGUGGGCACUGGUCCAGGGACAGGCGGUGCAGCCUCUAAGACCCUGGACAAACGGCGGCGGCUAGAGGAGGAAGCCAAGAACAAGGCAGAGGAAGCCAUGGCCACCUACCGCACAUGCGUGGCAGAUGCAAAGACACAGAAGCAGGAGCUGGAGGACACCAAAGUGACUGCACUGCGGCAGAUCCAGGAGGUGAUCCGACAAAGUGACCAGACCAUCAAGUCGGCCACCAUCUCCUACUACCAGCUCAUGCAUAUGCAGACGGCACCACUGCCCGUCCACUUCCAGAUGCUCUGUGAGAGCAGCAAGCUCUAUGACCCGGGCCAGCAGUAUGCGUCCUACGUGCGCCAGCUGCAGCGUGGCGAGGAGCCUGAUGUGCACUAUGAUUUUGAGCCACACAUCUCAACCAAUGCCUGGUCCCCAGUCCUGCGUACCCGGAAAAGCAGCUUCAAUGUUAGUGACACAGCAGGGACAGAGACUGCCAGCAGCCCCCCAGCGGAAGUUGGGCCCAGUGAGGGGGCACCCACUAAGGAACACAGGAGUGGACGAGGACACCAGGUGCACAAGUCAUGGCCAACCACCAUCUCAGAAUCUAACAGCAGCCUGGAUCCCAGCCCUGGCUCAGCAGAUUUUAAGAAGUUUGAGCGGACAUCAUCCAGUGGUACCAUGUCUUCCAACGAGGAGCUGGUAGACCAGGAGGGUGGUGUAGGGGCAUCUGCCUUUGAACAGGCUGACCUCAAUGGCAUGACCCCUGAGCUGCCGAUGGCUGUGCCUAGUGGGCCCUUCCGCCAUGUGGGACUGUCCAAGGCGGCUCGCACGCACCGCCUGCGGAAGCUGCGCACUCCUGCCAAGUGCCGAGAGUGUAACAGCUAUGUUUACUUCCAGGGGGCUGAGUGUGAGGAGUGCUGUCUGGCCUGUCACAAGAAGUGCCUGGAGACCCUGGCUAUCCAGUGUGGCCACAAGAAGUUGCAGGGUCAUCUGCAGCUCUUUGGCCAGGACUUUGGCCAGGCAGCCCGGGGCACCCCAGAUGGUGUGCCCUUUAUUGUCAAGAAGUGCAUCUGUGAAAUUGAGCGGCGUGCUCUGCGAACCAAGGGCAUCUACCGGGUAAAUGGGGUGAAGACGCGCGUGGAGAAGCUGUGCCAGGCCUUCGAGAAUGGCAAGGAGUUGGUGGAACUAUCACAGGCCUCACCCCACGACAUCAGCAAUGUCCUCAAGCUCUACCUGCGCCAGCUGCCUGAGCCACUCAUCUCUUUCCGCUUCUACCAUGAACUCAUGGGUCUGGCCAAAGACAGCCUGAAGGCUGAGGCUGAGGCCAAGGCGGCGUCCCGGGGCUGGCAGGAUGGGUCUGAGAAUGAGGCUGCAGCUGCAGUUAUGGUGGGCCGUCUGCGUGAGCUACUACGGGACCUGCCAGUGGAGAACUUUGCCACACUGCAGUGUCUGCUGCGGCACCUGUGCAGGAUUGUGGAAGUGGAACAGGACAACAAAAUGACCCCAGGGAACCUGGGCAUCGUGUUCGGGCCCACGCUGUUGCGGCCAAGGCCCACGGAAGCUACUGUCUCCCUCUCCUCCCUGGUGGACUACCCUCACCAGGCUCGGGUCAUUGAGACCCUCAUUGUCCACUAUGACUUAGUCUUUGAGGAGGAACCUGAGGAGGCACCUGGGGGCCAGGAUGGGCCGUGCAACCAGCAGGCAGAGGUGGUGGUGCCCAUACCCUACCUGGAGUCGGGUGAGGGGACAGACUACGCCCUGCAGGAGGAAGUGGAGGAUGGGGGUCAAGAAUCCCGAGUUGCAUCCAAUGACUCUGACUCAGAGCUGGAGGAAGCCUCAGACCCACUGUCAUCAUCAGACACCAGCACCCUGCACCGCCUCAGUUUCCUGGACAAGCAGGAGGGUGAGGCCGGCCUGAAAGGGGGUCCGCAAAGCCACAGUGGCAGUGAGGAACAGCUGGUGGAUGAGGACAAGGCAGGCCUGGCCCGGCGGCUCUCUUCCUACAAUACCAACCAGUCCAAUAACGCAGCGCCAGCCCGGCUGCCCACGAUGAGGCUCCAAGGGAGGCGGAUCUCAGCAGGCACCUGCCAAGAGAGGCUGCCGCAGUUUGUCUGACAUGGGCAGCAGCGGGGACCACUGUGGGCUGCUCUCUUGCUGGGCCCUUCGCCUCUGGACUGUCCUUGAGGUACGACUCAGCCUUGCCAACUUGGAUCACUGCCAGGGCUUUGGAUUUGGACAGCCCUGCUGUGGGCAACACUGGCUGCCUCCUCCCAGAAGCCACUAAGAUUGUGGAGGGCAUUGGGCCAUGAGAUCCUCCUGUGCCUCCUCCUCACCCCAGCAGGCCAUCUUACCUGAGCUGGUCUUUGCUUUUGAGUCAAAUUUCUGCUUGCUUGUUGGCACACACAGGCCUGUGUGGGCAGGACAACUUGUCCCCAUAAGCUCACCCCUUACCCCUCUCCCAUCCCCCUAUUCCCCCCCACCACCAUAAUCCCAGACACUGGCCCCACCCUGGCCUCUAUUCCAUAGUCUGGGAGGGGUUGCAGCACCCAGGGUGGACGGCUGUGCUGGGUGUGUGACAGAGUUAGGGUGGGGGCCAAGUUUGGAUGCCACUGCCCAGGCUGGGGGUCCACAAGGGCAAUGUGGACACCUGUGUCCUAGGUAUAGGGUGAAGUCUCUCACAGGUAAUAAUGUAGUUAUUUGACACGCACAUCUGUUUUGCUUUAAAAAAAAAAGUUUCUAAUCUGGUCUAGUUUUGUUUUUUUGGUGGUACUGGGGUUUGAACUGUGCCUUUCACUUGCUAGGCAGGCACAUUACCUCUUGAGCCACCUUAUAGCCUAUUUUCUUUUGCUUUUUUUUGAGGUGGUUAUAAUUUCCUGUGGAAUUGUCCAGCUGUCCAGUGGAAUUGUCCACAUGUUGACAGCCCAUGUCCUCCAUCAUGGAACACCAAAGUGUUCCUACACCAGGCCCACAAGGCUGCCAAGUGCUAAAGAUGUAGCUUCUGCCUGCAGAACUCUGCACUGCAUUUUACAGUCAUUUAUUUGAGGGAUGGAGCCCAGGUCCUUGCCCAUGCUAAGCAGGCACUCACUGAGGGGCACCAGUCUCAGGAAGGUGCAGUGCCCAGUCCUCACCCAAGGGUACCCUGGGGGUCACUGGCCACACAAACCAGCAAGAUCCUGGGCAGAAAACAGCCAGCUGGUCAUGCCAGACAAAGGAACCUAGUGGAAUCAUGGCUGCUGAUAAUAGCAAGUUGGGAAAGGGACCUUCCUGCUGCACAGCCACCAGAAACCAGUGAACCACAGGGCCAGGUAAGCAGCCUCACAUACCAUGGGCCCAGGAGAUGCCUUGGAAGGGAACAAGGAACCAUGGUGAGCCCACUUCAGGCAGCCCUGUCUAUAGGUUUCUGGUGGUUGUAUUUCUGCCACAGGGUAGAGUGGAGGAAAUGUGGUAGGCUUUCUGGCACAUCAAGCUGGAAAUACUUAGGUAUCUGGUUCUUUGUCAAAAGAACCCAUGAACAAUUUGUUUUGUGUUGCUGGUGAACCAAGGACUUUGUGCAUGCUAAGCAUGAGCCACUGAGCCAUAACCUCAGUUCUGUCUACAUUUUUAAAAGGUCACAAAAAUAAAGGGAAGUAAGUAUUCAUAGUAGUUGGCUGGAGAGCCCCUUAGGUAGCACCAUUAUUUGUGGAGUAGAUGUAUGAAAAAGUCCUCUAUAGUCCAGCCAGGCCUCUGCACAGCACUGUUCUGAAUGCUAUCUGUGUGUGCAGUGCUGGGGACGAGCCGGGGGCCUCCAGCAUGCCAGGCAGGUGCUCUGCCACUGAGCCACACC